CUUGCCUGAGGCCGUGGUAGUCAGAAGUUUUGGGAGCCAGUGCCUGAGAGAGGUCAAGGGUCAGUGCAAGAGCCGAGAAGGAGAUGGUGAAGCAGACGAUCCAAAUUUUCGCCAGGGUGAAGCCCACUGUCCGGAAGCAGCAGCAAGGGAUUUAUUCCAUAGAUGAAGAUGAAAAAUUAACACCUAGCUUGGAAAUCAUAUUACCUCGUGACUUGGCAGAUGGAUUUGUGAAUAAUAAGCGAGAAAGCUACAGAUUUAAAUUUCAAAGGAUUUUUGAUCAGGAUGCAAAGCAAGAGACCAUUUUUGAAAACAUUGCCAAACCAGUUGCUGAGAGUGUCCUGGCUGGUUACAAUGGCACCAUUUUUGCAUAUGGACAAACAGGCAGCGGUAAGACGUUCACCAUCACAGGUGGGGCGGAGCGCUACAGCGACAGAGGCAUCAUCCCAAGGACACUGUCAUACAUUUUCGAGCAAUUACAAAAGGACAGCAGCAAAAUAUAUACAACGCACAUUUCCUAUUUGGAAAUCUACAAUGAAUGUGGUUAUGAUCUAUUGGAUCCAAGACAUGAAGCCUCCAGUUUGGAAGAUUUGCCGAAAGUGACAGUCCUGGAGGACCCUGAUCAGAACAUCCACCUGAAAAACUUGUCUCUUCAUCAGGCGACCACAGAGGAAGAAGCCCUGAAUCUGCUUUUCUUGGGUGACACCAACAGAAUGAUUGCAGAGACUCCUAUGAACCAAGCUUCAACCCGUUCUCACUGCAUUUUCACCAUUCACCUGUCAAGCAAGGAACCAGGAUCUGCAACCGUGAGACAUGCCAAGCUGCAUUUGGUGGACCUGGCUGGUUCAGAGCGGGUUGCCAAGACUGGAGUCGGAGGCCAGCUUCUCACAGAGGCCAAGUAUAUCAACUUGUCCCUUCAUUACUUAGAACAGGUUAUCAUUGCCCUCUCAGAAAAGCACCGCUCGCACAUUCCGUAUCGAAACUCUAUGAUGACCAGCGUCCUGAGAGAUAGCCUGGGAGGGAACUGCAUGACGACCAUGAUUGCCACACUCUCUUUAGAGAAAAGGAAUAUCGACGAGUCUAUAUCUACCUGCAGAUUUGCACAGCGAGUGGCACUCAUAAAGAAUGAAGCUGUUCUUAAUGAAGAAAUCGAUCCCAAAUUGAUGAUUAUACGCCUACAAAAGGAAAUCCAGGAGCUGAAGGAUGAGCUGGCCAUUGUCACUGGGGAGCAGAGGACAGAGGCGCUCACAGAAGCAGAGCUCCUUCAGCUGGAAAAACUAAUAACAUCCUUUUUGGAAGACCAGGAUCCAGAGAGUAAACUAGAGGUUGGCGCUGAUAUGCGUAAAAUUCAUCACUGUUUCCAUUAUUUAAAGAAACUACUGCAUGACAAGAAGAUCCACAGACAGAGCACAGCCCCCUCUGAAAACAAAGAUCAGAACUGCCAAGAACCAUUGAAAGAGGAAGAGUAUAAAAAGCUACGUGAUAUUCUGCAGCAGAGGGACAAUGAAAUCAAUAUUUUGGUAAAUAUGUUAAAGAAGGAGAAGAAGAAAGCUCAGGACGCUCUCCACCUCUCCAGCAUGGACAGAAGUGAACUGAGACAUGGCCAGAGCUCCCCCUUCCCACCUGGGAACCCGGACGGUCCGAAGACAUUGCCACUGUCAGCUCCCACUCAGGCCCUAGACUCCAGCACUUCUCCAUACAGAUCCAGUUUGCUCCACAGAAAAACAGGGAUGAGAGAGGAAAUGUCGUUGGGACGCCAGGAGGCUUUUGAGAUUUUCAAGAGGGACCAUGCUGACAGCGUUACCAUCGAAGACAACAAACAGAUUCUGAAGCAGAGAUUUUCUGAAGCGAAGGCCCUGGGAGAAAGCAUAAAUGAAGCAAGAAGUAAAAUUG